AUGUGUGCUGAAUUUACCACCAAGGAUGCUGAAAUUAACGGGCUCGAGCGCACCAUUCUACUUCAAAAUGGCGACGAAUCUACCGCAUUGGUUGCUUUAGUCAACGCACUGGUAUUGUCGCCGGCAUCAGCGAAUAUCUCUUCGAGAUUGAGACAGUUACUGGAAUCAAAAACAUCAAUUCCACAGGAGGAGUUGGUAGAGACCUUAGCUAAUACUGGAAUCUCGAAUCCCAACAGCAGUGUAAAUACAAAUAUACACCAACUACUAGAUUACUUACCUCAAUUGCAGACAGGGCUUAGCAUCAAUCCUGAAUUCAAUGGUUCAUUCGAGGACGGAGUGGAACUAUCUCUCUUUAGGCUAUAUAAUGUUGGGAUUGUGCAUGGAUGGAUUAUAGAUAGAUUCAACGAUCCCAUUGCCUAUGAACAUGUAUCCAAAUAUUCGUAUGAAGAAGCUCAAAGAGUUCUAAUCAAAUCAUAUGAUAUCAAGAAGGGUAAUACACAAGUUAGUAACACUGAUGAAAUAUUAGAGGAUGCUAACUACAUCAAAUCCUUUUUGGCGAGGACCGUUACGCAAUUGACUGACCACGGACUUGCUCAUCUAAAGGAAAUUUUGGUCGAGAAGUCGUAUGCGGUUCUAUACAGAAAUAACCAAUAUUACACCCUACAUAAAAAUAAUGGGGACCUUUUCAUAUUAGUGACUGAUUUGGACCAUGAGACAAGAGGUAACUAUGUAUGGAAAUCAUUGAAGAGUGUAAAUGGGUUGGAUGACACCUACUAUACGGGUGAUUUCAUCCCUGCGUCUCUGCAGCACCCAGCAAAAAACGAUAAUAGAAGGAUCGAGCAAGUAAUGUCCAAUCCUUUCGAUGACACACACGAGGAAGUGAACCUAGGAAGAAAUGGAUACGACAAUGCAAUGAGCCACCAAGUCGAAGAUGACGAAGAGUUAGCAAGAAGAUUGCAAGAAGAAGAAGACAGAGAAGCUGCUGGUGAGAUACAACAUGACUACCUGGCAAGACAGCGUGCUAAUAGAAGAAGAGCACAGGAGUCUAGGGCGAAUAACCGUGCUGGAGCUAAGAAGAGUAACAGAAUCAGUAGAAUGCUGCAUGGAAAUAAAAACCCACACGCCACCAGCGACGAUGGUAGCGUCGAGCCAGAAUCUAGAAACACUUCUUCUAGGAAAAGAGACAAGGUGAAAGACAAAUGUGUUCUAAUGUAA